GCAGGUGGUAAGUAAGUAACUCUCGUUUGAGAGAAGACAGAUGUGAGAUGUGUCGCAGCUCACCAUGUCUUAACAACGGAACCUGUAAACCAUCCAGUGAGAUUUUUCUCUGCCAUUGUCCUGAGAAAUUCGUUGGUGACCUCUGCGAGACUUUUGUGUCUGGUGAGUAUCAUAUAAGAACAUAUUGAACUGGUUCCCGACUGAUUAGAGAAAUAACUAUUGCCCGAAUGCCCCCGACCUGCAUCUUCCAGCAAAGGCUCUUAGUUUCGUUCUAAGUGACGAAGUCAAUAAUAGUUAGUGAAGCAGAAAGUUAUCCUAGUAGAAUAAAAACUGUACCUUCGUCUUAAAUUAUUCAGAUAGGCCCUGCUGUGUACUGAAACACAUCCAAACUGCAGACUGUGAUGUCAAAUCCUCUUUUUCAGCUCCUACUGCACCACCUGGUCAAGUUUCUGCAAAAGCAACAAGUCCUACAAGUUUGCUUGUCAGUUGGAGUAGUGUUCCGGAACAGCAUCGUCAUGGGAAAAUCCUUCUACAUCACGUUUACAUCAGUCACGCUAACAAGCCGGAUGAUUACCGCUCGUUCCCUACACAGAUUCCCACGCAACUUCUUUUGGGUGAUCUACAGGCUUACACGCUGUAUGUCAUUCGCGUUUCGGCCAGGAACAACAUCAGUGAAGGGCCCAAAAGUGUGCCAAUUACAGCGCGAACUAUGGAAGGCGGUAAGAUAUCAUAUAAAUCUCAACAGUAUUAAACCUUCUAACAAAAAACGAUCGUGUCGAAAAACAUUCAAGCAAGACACUUAACGAAAGUAAAGCAACUGAGUUGAAUGUAACUCAUGAAGGAUUGAGAUUUGCAGACUGAGUGGGUAAGAUUGAACAUAAAAUUGUUUUUUCAAAUUAGAUCGCAGAUCGACUUUGCUUUUAGUUGACGCGCAUUUGUAUUGGUGAAUAUUUCACUUUUCCGGCGUUGAGGCUUGAUUAUCCGGUUCGAAGUCUCCUUCUCCGCUCACAAAUGGUCAGGGAGUCUACCGUCUACCUUUUUUCUUUUUUUUUUUUUUUGAAAGGAUGGAGUGAAUUUGAAAGUGAAGUGCCUGAUUUAAUAAGCCAUUCCGUGUAGCUUUUUGCCUCUUUUUCAAAACGAGUCCUGGUGCACAACCUUUCAAAUGGAAAUGAGCGUGAGGUUGAUUUGCAAAACAAUGAACGUGCAAGCAAAACUCAGAUUCGAUUUGAAACUGAGGUAACAGAUAUUCGGAAAUAGCUUUUUCGUCUUCAUUCUCCUAUCUCGAUCAAAAUGUGCUCGUGCGUAACUUUUGGUACCUUUUUGCUUAUUACACCGAUGUGUAUUGUAUUCAUCUUUUUAGUGCCCAGCGCUCCCCCAACUAAUUUGCAUUUGGUCCACCGAGAUUCGAGGUCCAUUAUCGUGGAAUGGGACCCAAUCCCUGAGGGUUCAGAGAAUGGUGUUCUUAAUGGAUACAAGGUGGAAUACUGGGCGAAACGGAACAACCAGACAGCUGUUCGCGAAACAAGCAAUGACGAAUAUACUGCUGUUCUAGACGGGCUCUCGCAUAACACCGUAUACACGAUCCGGGUAGCUGCCUUCACGAGUAGCGGUUCAGGAGACUUCUCGGAACCCAUCCUUGUCGAGACGAAAAUGUACGAUCCCUGUGAGAAUUAUCUUUGUCUAAAUGGAGGGACGUGUUUGGUGGAGGAUGGACCUUACUGUAGUUGCCAAGAGAUGUUCAGCGGCGGAUAUUGUGACACUUACAAAGCUGAGCGUCCAUGCCGCAGUCCAACUGUGAGGUUGCCGAGCUUAUCACCAAAUGUGACGUCAGCUGUGAGCGUGCGCCGAGCUAACCAGAUUUUGAUUCCUUCCGAAGUGGAGCUCGAUUGUGAGCUUUCCUUCGCGACAAUUUUCAACUGGGAGGUGUUUCAUUUGUAUUCAGAUGAAGUCCUAUCAAGAAACGGAUCUUCUGAACUGCUUAUACCACGGGGUAGUCUACCGGUUGGGAGCUACUCAGUUCGACUGACCGUGAAGAUGGAAGGAACGAAAGUGUUCGGUGUUGGUGAAGGUUACAUUCGGGUCAUCAGCAGUCCAAUCGUUGCACGCAUUGCCGGAGGAACUAAGGUGGAGCGAGGAUUCAAUAAGACUUUGAUCUUCAAUGCUUCCUUGUCACAUGACCCCGAUGCGUUUGAUCCUGAAGUCAGUCUGCGUUUCACCUGGGUGUGCAGAGACACGAACAUGCAGUAUCUUCUCGAUGAUUUGCUCGAAAUAACCUCGGCCAUUCCUAGUCCUUCUGAGUCCGAUCUUGGUCGCGGAGGAUGUUAUGGGACUGGUGCGGGUAAAAUAGGCUCUAAUGAGUCCCUGCUGCAGAUAAACAGCGGCUUCAUGGUAGAAAACAGUUCGUACUUGAUAACAGUUGUGGUUGAGAGGGGCCGGAGACGAGCAAAUUACACACAGGAAGUGGUUAUUGUUCCAGGCGAUCCACCAGAAGUGAUGAUAAUCUGUAAAGACAACUGUGACGCGAAAUUGAAUCCAUCUCGAAGGAUAGCACUAGAAAAACUCUGUAAGGACUCAUUGUGUGGAAGAAGCCUGACAUAUCAUUGGUCCUUAUUCAAAACCUCCUUAGUCAACCAAUCUCAUUGGGUUCCGGAUCAGACGUUGCAAGACAAAACUCGGACAAGAUUAACCUCGCCGCGACUUGUCACUCGCCCUGGAGUACUAGAGCCGAAUGUGAGGUACAAAUUUGUGUUGACUGCCCAACGGCGCGGAGGACAUCCGGGACGUUCCGAGUACCAGGUCACCACCAACAGCCCUCCUGCUGGAGGAAAGUGCGAUGUAAAACCGCUGUCUGGUAUCACCCUUAACACAACAUUUUCCUUUACGUGCAGUGGUUGGGAGGAUCCAGAUCGUCCACUGCAGUUUGAAUUCAUUUACUUCACCACAGAAGAUGGUGUUCUUAAUGUGGUGUACAAGGGAAUAAAAAGCAGUGUAGAGACGAAGCUUCCAGCUGGGACAAAGGCAAAUAACUUUACUAUUGACUUUCGAGUGCGAGUGGAUGACCUGUUUGGCGCGUAUACUGAAGUGAAGAUUCCUGUCCAGGUAUUGGAGCUUCAGUUAAAAGCGGACAAACUAGUGGAACGAGCGGUUGAAUUGACCACUGGGAACGAGAGUCAGUUAACUAAAUUAAUUCAGUCCGGUGAUGUGUCACGUGCAGUCCAGCUGGCUAAGGCAGCUAUUGUGGCUGUGGAUGAAGACAAGAAAGUUCGGCCAGUAACUCAGGGACUGUUGAAAGAAAAGAGAAAAGAGAUGAAAUCCAGUAUUGUGAAACAGAUAUCGGCCAUACGAGUGGAGACUGUGGAGAGGGUACAACAGACGUCAAACGUCAUAGCAGAAGCGACGUCUGUCAUUGGCGAGGUUACUGUUGAAGCUCAGAAAGCGGCGACAGAUGCCCUCCAGUCGAUGACCGAAGUAUUGAAAAAGGAGUCUUCAGCAGGGAUAAGUUACGAGGCACUAUUUGAUGGCGCGAGGAGUCUGGCCUCUGGUCUAGGUAGCGUUCUCAGGGUGUCAUCAUACAUGGCCAGAUCAUACGCCAUAAUUGACAGUCAGGUCGGUGGCCAGGAUUCUUCCAAUUUAUACCGAAGGCGAAGGAGCUUCGUGGAAUCGAUACUUUCGUUUGUAGGUUUGAAAGCCCUGCAAAGACUGAAAAGAGAUGCUGCAAAGGAUCAGUUAGAAGCCAAAAGAGCGUCUAAAGCAAGAGCUAUUGGUAUCCUAAAUUCACUGGAGGAGGUCGGAAGCACGAUCUUGUCCCAAACCCUUGUCGGUGAGGAGCCGACUGAGCUAUUAGCCCAGGCGGUGUCAUUACUCGUGUCCAGAGAGGAGCCGGACUUACUCGCUGGUUCUGUUAUGUCAACUGGCAAAGGAAGCAGUUUCACUCUUCCUUCCGUUCCCAGCUUGUUUGAUAAUGGUACGCAGUUUGUGGAUAGCAAGAUCGUAACAACUAGCUUCGUGCCUUUCACGUGGGACCCCUCGGGAGCGCGAGUGACCACAGGAGUGUCAAGCCUUGAGCUAAAGAAUAGCACUGGACAUCUUUUGAAAAUCACAAAACUGGAAUCUCCGAUAACUAUCAAGAUUCCUUAUACUCACGAUUUAACAAACAGUUCGCAAUCUCAUUACGUUGGAGCCAAUAAUACAGUUUUUUACAAGAUCAAUGUAACGCAGUCAGGCAUGGCUCUGAUACUUAAGGUGCGUCCAGAAAACAACGUAACAGAGUUCUUGGUGUCAGUUAAAUACGGGCAACGUCCGUCUCUAAGCAACAGUGACAUCAACGCUACUGUUCCCAAUUUUUCAUCCUGCGUUAGGUUGUCAUCUGGUUACGUCAAUUGUUCACGUGAUCCUUACGUAGUGUUUGUUAGUAAUGAGCUUGUCAGUCGGAUAGGGUGUUACUUCAUUGGGAUAAAAAUCAAGCCUAGGAGCGGGUCCAGGAAAAGGAAGUGCUCAGAAGAAGGGCGCUCAAAACGAUCAUGCGUACAAUACAAGGAAGCCCCUGUAGCGGAUGCCCCAAAUAUGGCACAUUCUAUUCAUGCACCCAAGUACAGCAGAGGAGAUGUAAUUUACACCAUGCAAGCGUUGCCAGCUGCUUGUCUUUACUGGAGUACAGCCGUGUCAAGAUGGACAACUGAAGGAUGUCAGGUAGCCGAGACGACAACACUGGAUACGAUCCACUGCCUGUGUAGUCACCUGACUUCAUUUGGGGGUCAGCUCUUUGUGGCGCCGAAUCCAAUAGAUUUCGAUAAAGUUUUCACUGAAUUUGAUUGCCUCCCAGAGACUGGGAAUGUAGCUGUUAUAAUAGCUCUGAGCUGUUUAUUUGGACUUUAUCUGCUGCUACUGGUGUGGGCUCGGAAAGCUGACAUGCAGGAUGCUUUGAAGAUCGGAGAUAAGCCAUUUAUAGGCUCCCUAUCGCCUUGGUGUUAUCGAUACGAGAUUCAACUAUCCACAGGCAUCUGGGCCAACUCGGGCACGAGUGCUAACGUGUUUAUCGUUCUGGAAGGCGAAUCAGGUUCUAGUAGACCUCAUCAGUUGAAGGGUGGCUCAAUCAUUCCAUUCGCAAGAGGAAGCAUCACAUCGUUUACUCUCUCGCUCUGCAACAAUAUUGGCCCCUUACGACGUGUGCGCGUAUGGCACGACAACUCCGGCAAAAGCCCUUCGUGGUUCCUAAACACUGUCAAGAUUUAUGACGUGUGCACUCAGGAGGUUAAGACAUUCAUGUGCUUCACGUGGCUGGCUGUGGAGAAAGGCGAUGGAUUAGUCGAUCGCACCCUCACGUCAGACUCAACUGACUUAAAACGAAUGAUGUCUAAGGCGUCGUUUCAGAACAGAUUAGCCGAAGAAUUCGGUAAUGGGCAUCUGUGGUUUUCAGUGGCGACCAGACCUCCGAGGAAACGCUUCACGCGCGUCCAACGACUAUCUUGUUGUCUAUCACUUCUGUUAACCACAAUGUUAGCGAGUGCCAUGUUUUAUGAGUUCGUCCCAGGGCAUGAUCAGAAUCAAGGCUCCCUUAGGUUGGGUCGUCUUGUUCUUAAUCUCCGACAGUUGGUCAUUGCGGUAGAGAGCCUUCUUGUAGUUAUACCCGUAAAUCUGUUGAUAGUAGGAAUCUUUUGCCGCGUGAAAUCACAGAACGACAUGCGUCAACAGAGGUACAGCGUAAACAAGCAUCUCAGUAUUCACGCGGUCACAAAGAAAACUCAGCUGCGGAAAGGAUAUAAACUGGUUCUGCCUCAUUGCUUCGUUUAUCUCGCGUGGCUUCUGUGCUUUCUAUCGUCGGCGGUGUCUGCAACUUUCAUUGUCUUCUACAGUUUACAAUGGGGUAAAGAUAUAAGCGAGGAGUGGCUGAUCUCCAAUGUGAUCUCUACGUUUAUGGACAUAUUUGUUUCUGAACCUUUGAAGAUCGUCGUCGUAGCAUUUUUGGUCUCAUACUUUUGCAAGUCAGACUUUGACGAAAUCGCUGACACGCCCAGCGCGAUCUUAAAUUUUAACGACAUCAGCAUCACAACCGAAAGAGAAGAAGUCGAUAACGAAGAAGAGAUUGCCUUGCCAGAGCCUCCGAGCAAGCGGGAGUUACGCAGUGCGAGGGCAUAUCGCAUGAGGGAGAUGCGCAUGUAUCGCGCUAUACGGAAGAUAGUAAGUUAUCUUGUGUAUUUAUGGAUUCUGAUGAUCAUCUGCUAUGGAGGCCGCAGUCAGGACAGUUUCUCUCUGACUACAUCACUGCACAAAACAUUUGGAGAGCUUAGCCAGGUAUGUGAUGUAAGUAAGCUUCAUUCAUGCAGUUCAUUUCUUCGACCCCGGUCUCCAAGGAUAAGAACAGGUACGGGAAGUAAUAAGAGACCUGCAACUCGUUUCUUGAAAGCCCCGGGAACUUUUCGAUAUUCGGGCCCACUCGCCAUUUGUGCUUUUUUGUUUUCUUUAGAUUCAUGUGAAGUCGAAGAGGUAGCUAACACCCAAUUCAACUCCUGCAUUGCACUAUAUUCAUACAUCACCGAAGAUAAAACGAAGUUCUACUUACCAAGAUGGCGCCCGUUUCCAGCAUCACAGAACAUAUCAGCUGAAGCGUUGAACAAGGUCUGCCCCAAGCCCUGGCGUUACUCUACAGCCGAGCAAACCCAAAGUCUUCCUAAAUGGGGAAGAAUUUCCUCAAUAUAUGGUCAGGGUGGUUACUUGGAAGAACUUGGCUACGAAAAAAACUCUGCGUCGAAAGUCAUUUCUGAGUUGAACCAGUUUAACUGGCUUGACCGAUUUACUAGUGCUGUGUUGGUUGAAUUCACAGUUUUCAACUCUCGCGUAAGUCUCUUUAGCGCAGUUUGGAUCCCGGUCGAGUUUUCACCAAGUGGUCACGUGGUUUCAAGUCACGUGAUUCGUACCAUUCACGUGUACAACGUUGGAGCUGGCUACAGUGCUGCUCUUCUUGUCUGUCAAAUUAUGCUGGUGCUGUUUAUUAUAUACUUCAUCUACAAGGAAACAAAGCAGAUGGUUCAAAGUCGUAAGCUCUACUUCCUGCAGUUUCUCAACUGGGUUGAACUGGCCCAAAUCCUGUCAGCUAUUGCUUUUGUAGUCAUCCACAUCCUCAAAGAGAUAGAACUCUUCGCCAAUACUGCAAAACUUCACGAGAAUAUUUUUCAGUUCAUAAGUUUCGACAGAGAAGUACUCCUAGAUGACAUAGAGACGGCGUUACUGGCUUUGCUGAUGUUCUUCAACACCUUAAAGUUACUGUAUCUGUUUAGAUUCAACAAUCAUGUAAACCAUCUGUCAGAUGUAAUGAAAGCAUCCGCCCUGGAGCUUUUGAACUGCUCACUAGGAUUUUUCGUAUUCUUGUUUGCUUUCAGUCAUUUCGGAUUUCUCCAGUUUGGAAUGGAGCUGCAGGAUUACUCUUCUCCAAUAAACUCUAUCCAGUCUCUUCUCAUUCAGGGAGUUGUGAGCGACAGAGCUGCACAUCUUCAGGAUUGUCAUGCCAUCAUUGGUCCACUGUUCUUCAUCGUUUUCAACAUUUGUCUACAAGUGAUCUGGAUAAAUAUUUUCAUCGCCAUUCUAAUUUAUGAUUACCAAACUGCUAAACGAGUCCCCAAAGCCAGAUUCAACCUGGGACGCUUUAUGAUGGUGAAAAUGAGAGAGCUUUUGAACUGCGCGGGAGACACGCCAAAGAGGCCAGAGAAAGAGGGAAGCAUUAGAAAGAAACGAGUAUCAUGGAAACUUCACGACGACAACAACAACAACGACAACAACAACAACAACGACAACAACAACAACAACAACAACAAGGGAAAUAAAAAGAGAAAGCCAAGACCCCUGAAAAAGUUGGCGGAAGUGAAGCCCGACCUAGUGAGCGAGUUAGAGAAACGGAUGGCGCGAAUAAAUGAUAGUUUGAAUGACCUCUACGUUGACGAGUUCAGGGGGGAUAUCGACGUUUUGAGCAUAUGGCUCGAUGCUCGUGCGCGAGGAAGGAAGGAGAGGGCUAAUACCCACUCGGCGGAGGAAGGCUCACGAGUAGUCAAAGAUGAAGUUCGAGGAUUGUUUCCAGUGCCUCAGCAUGCUCAGGGAUUGAAGUCGACAAGUGUCGAGAGAGGCGUAUAGUUUCUUAGACUGCCUUAAAUGAAACUCGGAAUUUAAAAAAGCUAAUGGUGUGGAGCAGAAAUUAAAAAAAAGAAAAAAAACGAAACCGAUGUCAGAGCCAAUUUUGUUAUAAAUGGCUGAAUGUUCCUCUAAAGAAAUCAUAAGCAAAAACGUAACAAAAAAACAACAUUACUAGAUACAAUUACACUCGGAGACAUGCACGUUCUAAGUGCUUUUCUGUAAAUGAAGUUACGCUUGCUUGUGUAUUUCAGUUGUUUACCCUCACUAAGGCUACUUGCAUACGCAAGUGCCGUUUUCAUAUGGUUCUCCACAUUACCACUUUUUUGCACACUUCUACAUACAAUAACGAUGAAAAACACUGUUAGGGACGGACCUUUAUCUUUUUGAGUGGGGCUUGUUCCUUCACAGCAAAAGCGGCUGAAAAAAAAUCGUGUAAGGGAAGACAUGGGGAAAAAUAUUCGAGAAAGUGCUUUCUACUACCAAGGUCCCAUUUUUGAUGUUACAAAAAAUCUUACACAAGUUAUUGCCCACCAAAGAAAUCAUGCGCAACCUACGGAAGAGAAGAAAAAUUCAUGCCCCAGAGGAUAGCCAACCCCAACCCCCGCACCCCCUAUCCCCGCCUCGUCAAAAAAUAAUGGUCCGUCCCUUAUUUUAGCUACUCCGAUUUGGAUAUCACGAAGCAUGUUCUCUUGCGUCACUGUUAUCCAUCGUUUCUAUGUAGACUAUAGGCAAAGUGCGUUAGAGACAUUCGUUUUCGAACAGGCUUGCGUUUCUCAAUGAAAACGCGUUGCUGUGACCCAGAGCCUUCUCCGCUGAACAUAUUGUGGUUUAACCCGCCCUUCAAUGUUAUCUUUUUAGUUGCAACAAAAGCAGUAUUGCAAUACCUCGUUAAAAAUACCUUUGGCAAUCCAUAUUUGUGCCAAGAGCCCGCGGCCAAUCCAGCGGGCAUAGAGAACCGAAGGGCUCUGGGGACGAGAUCAAAUUUUCUUCAGAAUUUUCCCGCCAUUUUCCCGCGGCCUUUGCAGGAAAGAGGAAUUUUUGGGGAAGAGAAAUGUGUAUUAUUCGGCAGGUUUUGAAAAUUCCUUUACAGGUAAGGACCAUGUUCAUUACUUGAUUUCUCAGGUCUACUUUGUCCCAACUGACACACUGAAACUUUUAGUGACUCUGACGCUUCUUUGUAUUUUGCUUGCCUGUCUUGUCGGUCUGCCAGUUCACGGACCUUCCCGGCGCGAUGUGUGCAAGAGCCAAAACGUUAGAAAGGAGUGCAAAAAGCUGAUUAGAAUUUAGUACUAGUACUAGCUACAAUUUCGUCGUAGGCCGACUGUCGUGACUUUUGGGAUAAAACCACAGCGUAUUAAGAAAGUUUCGGAAAUUAUGAUAAGGACACAAGCCCCGUAAAUAUGCAAGCUUCAAAAACAUGUUGUGUCAACGGUUGUAUGAACUGAAUCAAGUCAAGAAAUAAUUGGUCAUUCUUAAACACCUCUAACAGCUCCACUUGCAUACUAGCUUUGAAGAAGAUGUGCAGGCCUAGGCAAGUUGUGCCAGGAACAUGCACUUUGUUGCUGCGAGUGCCAACUACACAAUUUAACAUGAAGCUCUGUUGCACUGUUAUCUAUAUUGUGUGCAUGACUUCAGAAGUUAUGAUGAAUUCGCCCACUUCUCGAGGUAUGACCGGUAUUUUACCCAAUUUAAUUAAUUUACACGAUAUAUUGAACAUAGAGGGUAUUUGUUUAGUAACCAUCGACCUAUUGUAUUCCCGCCCCCCGUGUAUGUUACACCAAAAGAUGAGCAAAGCUGUUCAGUUUAAUUGCUAAAAAUGUUGUGCCCUGUUGACAGUGGUUAAACUAUAACAUUGCAGCAAAUUUGGAAAGUUGGAAAGCAUCCCCAAAGCAUGAAAGGGCUAACUCUCAAAAUGUCAGCUUUCCGAAUUUUGUACUGCAUUUAACCUACAGCUGUUAAAUUAAUUAACCAUCUGUUGGACCAAAAGAUACAAUUUAAAUUUUCAGCCUUUAGACUUCAUAAAUCUGUUCAUAUUAAAAUGUUACUACCAUUUCUAUCCAUUUUGACUGUUAGUUUUAAAAAGCUGAGCUGAUGUUUGGAUACUUGAAUAUAUUUCAUCCUUACUCUUGAUUUACUUAUUUCACUGUCAGCAAAACUAGAAAAUUUGGGCAAAGAACAGUUGUGUAGUUUAUUGCAUUCUGUUGGAACUUAGUUGACAUUUCUAGUUAUUAUUGAAAUAAAAGAGCAACAACAAAUGAAUAAACGGAAAGUCAAUAAAUAUCCCCCAUUGGCUGGCUUUAUU